AUGGGUGCCGAGAACGGUGUGUUCAAGGCUUUGCGGGCAGUAAAAGAGGAAUUCACCGUCUUCUUUGCGCUCGUCCUGGCCGUCGCCACCGUCGCCGGACAACGAUUCGGGUUCCCGCACACGGCCCAGUUCGGGCUUGCCUCGCUGACCGGUGACUUUGGUGGACCGACCGCAUUCGGUGGACAGGAUUUGUCAGGUACUUUGAACGCUGGUAUCAGGGACCCAAGACAGAACCGAGGACCCGUUGUAUUCCCACCGGCACCCGCUGAUGCUCCAGUUGAGUCGAGUGGAGUGAUUGUCGGUGCUUCCGGAUACGGUUUCGUGCCACCGAAUACGCCCCAGAAAUUCAGGAAAAAGGCCCCACCGUUCCGAUAUCCGCUAGCACCCUGGAAGCUGCCGGUUCCCUCAUCCGGAACGACCGGUACACCUCAGCGACCGAAGAAGCCGGGCAUCGUGAAGCUAACGCCGACCGUGCCGAUCGUCGGUUACAAGAAGCCGACACCAGCCAAAUGGUUCCGGUUCUAUAAGGGGCCGGGUACACCGGCCGUCCGGAAACCACCACCCCUUGCGCCGCCCGGCCCCCAAGGGUACGGUGGGGCAAAUGUGUUCGUCAGCCGUCCCAAAGCGAUCGCCCCCGUGAGUACCAGUGUGAGCUACGCGACGAGACAUUAG